AUGUCAAUUUUUCUAUUAAUUUUUUUUUUAAUUAUAUUUAAUAUUAAUACUUUUGUUAAUAACCAAGAAACAGAUAAUUUUUUUCCAUACUUGGUGCAAUUUUAUACAAUAGUACCUUGUGGUGGUAUUUUAAUUACUCCAGAUUGGGUUCUGACUGCUGCACAGUGUCUUCACAAUAAGCGUAAUUCGAUACUGGUCAAUGUGGCGGGAUCCAAUGAAACAGCGGGCGAACCAAUCGGAGUAAAAGCAACAUUCAUUCAUCCGCAAUUUAAUAUGUACUCAAAAGUACACGACCACAGGUUCAACGUUGCUCUAAUGAAACUUUACCGGCCAUUCAAUCUACAGCCGCUUGGUUUCUUAAAUAAAACUGCCGGGAUGCUCGUGAAUAUCGGGACUUCUAAAUCGAUAAAUACAUACAAUUGUUGUUUUAUUUACGGCUGGGAUAGUAUUAUAUCUUCGACGAUUCGGGUGUUUACCAAAGCUAUACAAACUAUUUCAGUACAACCGCGAGAUAAAGAGGCCUGUGUAAACAAGAUCAAUAACGUAAAUAUUGUAUGUGCCAGCGGUGAAAGCCGGAAACAGUGUGCAGGUAAUCCAGGUUCACCGAUCGUGUGCAAUGAGCCGAACGGUGAUAAUCGUGUAUUGGGGAUAGCGUCUUGGACUAAUUUUUCUCUCCAAUGCGAUGAUUCUUCAACCUAUUUGAAUCUUACUUCGUUUAGAUCAUGGAUUAAUAAUUUAGUUUCAAUGGACUUUGAAAAAAAUAGCAGUCCUAGUAAUUAUAGUAGCACUACAAGUUUAAAAGUUCAAGUUAAAUAUUUUUACAACACUCAAAAAACCCCUUAUAACCGUAAAAUUCAUAAUUUUACAACAUCUACAACAAAAAAUACAACUAAGCGCAAUAAAUAUCAAGAUAUCGAACGUAGUGACAAAGAUGAAGGAACCACAGAAGACGAAUUAUCAAAAAUUUUUCCUUUCUAUCAAGUUUCAAGCUCCAAUUCAAUUUACCCGAUUUAUUUUCUCUUAAUUCUAGGACACAUUUGCAGUUUUAAUUUAUAG